AUGUCGGAAGCCCAGCAACAACCCCAGGUGCCGGCGCAGCAGUCGCAACCUCAGGCUCCGAUGCAGACUCAGAAAGUGUCUGAUAUAAUUCGUAGCUUCCGUCCUGCAAAGGCGUUCAAAGGAUCGAAGCAAGAACCCUCCAACUAUGUAACUUCAUUGGACUUUGAUGAUCAGGGCGACUACCUGGUGGCUUCAGGCGACGAUGAGACAAUUCAGGUCUUCGAUAUCAAAGAGGGCAAAUCUACAAAAUCAGUCCCCAGCAAAAAAUAUGGUGCCCAUUUAGCGAGAUUCACGCAUCAUUCUCGUCAAGUCCUUCACGCGAGCACGAAGGUCGAUGAUUCUCUUCGACUACUGGACCUUCACAAUGAGGGCUACGUGCGUUACUUCUCCGGUCAUACCGACAAAGUCACUUGCUUGGCUCUCUCUCCUGGCAGCGACGCCUUUAUCUCAUGCUCAAAAGAUGACACCGUUGCGCUCUGGGAUCUUAGCUCGAGGAAUGCGCAGGGGAAGUUGAAAUUGGCCACGCCUUACCUGGUUGCCUUCGAUCCCUCUGCUUCCGUGAUCGCUAUUGCUUCACAGUCUACCUCGUCAGUCCUUCUAUACGAUUUUCGCAACUAUGACAAGGCUCCGUUUUCCACCUUCGAUCUCGCGCCGUACGAAGAAAGAUACACUCCUUCUACACGUGGAAGAGCGUGGACCCGCCUUGAAUUCUCAAACGAUGGAAAACACUUGAUGGUUGGGACGGACUUUCAUGGCCAUUUCAUUCUCGACGCCUUUGAAGGCAAUAUCAAGGCGUUUCUGCUCGGCAAGAACGGAUCCCCUGGCAGAGCAGCUCCUGUCUCAACAACUGGAAAACCACUUGGUCAAGGGGACGCAUGCUUUACCCCGGACGGACGAUAUGUUCUGGGCGGCUCCGGCGACCAGUCAGAUGUUCUCGUAUGGGAUAUGCAGCAGACACCGGAUGCCAAUUCCCUCCUGCAGCCAAUGACCAAGCUACCAAACCGUGGUCGCACCGCCAUACUAGAAUACAACCCACGGUACAACAUGCUUGCUACUGCCGAUAAGGAGGUGGUCUUUUGGCUUCCGGAAGAAAAUUCGCGGUCCGCCGAAAAAUAA